CUGAUACUGACACAAAAAUUUCUUUAACUCAGAAUACGGACCUGGAAAUAUUCUGGUAACGGUCGACUAGGUAAACAAACUUUACACGUCGCAUUGUCAGGCCGUCGUAAAAGAUUACCACCGAUUAUGGGUUCCUCAGGUUGUUCAAAUAUUGUUGAACGGACUUUUAACAACACUGAAAUCUUCAUAAAAGUCAUCAACAUUGCUCUACAAUGUAUAUUUCUUCUUUUUCCUCAUAAAAAAUGUUCAAAAUACAAUGCAUUCCGCAACACGUUGGCCAUGUGAAUGACGAAUCAAUAUGGCGGUUCUCCCACUCCUCUUAGAAUUACAGCGUGGCCAUAAUAUGUCGUAUUAAUUGAAAGUGACGUCAUCAACGUCCGGGAUUUGUUUUCAGUCCCGGCUUCUGUGUAAUUUACCUUCACUGAAAAUUGUGUUCUGAAAUUGUGCCUUCCCCUAUAAUAGACUUUUAGGUUAGGUCAAGAUGUCGGAGAUAUUCAAAGUUGGCCAAAAGUUCCACAGCUAUUCUGCUGUGGAAAAGUCCCUGAAAGAUUACGAGGAGCAAACUUUUGCGAAAUUCUGGAAACGUGAUGCACGUCUGAUUAAUUCCUCAAGAACCUUACGUCGAAUUAGAGAACCUCUAAAAUAUGAAGAAGUAAAAUUCUGUUGCAUUUAUGGAGGUCAGAAGUUCAGACCAUCCGGGAGUGGACAAAAAGAAAUUAGAACUUUCAAGAAAGAAGAGUUAUGUCCUGCCCACGUGUCUUUGCGAGUUACAACCGACGGGAAAGAUCUGCAAGUGAGAAGUGUCUCAGACAACCAUAAUCACGAGAGAAGCAUGGUUCAGUUUCAAUAUCUCUGUCAACAAAGGAGAUUGGGCAGAAAAGCUAAAGAGACUGUAGAAGAAUUACCAGCUAUGCAAGCUAACAAAAUGUUGGUAAAGCAAAAAUUACAACAAGAAACGGGAAAAAUGCUUACGUUAAAAGAUCUUUCCAAAAAUGGUGGACAAAAAUCUGAAAAAAACUUAGAUGAAUGUGUAGAUGUUCUUAGGACACAAUAUAAUGCAGAAGUAAACAUACUUAAAGAUGAGGAUAACAAUUUUAAAGGCAUGCUGAUUCAAACAUCUAAUAUGAAAAAUACUCUCAAGGCAUACCCGGAAUUUUUGGGAAUUGAUGGUACCUAUAAAUUAGUAAACAUCGAUAUACCUGUGUUCCUAAUAGUGUCAGAAGAUGGCAACUGUCAGACUGAAAUAGUUUCUUUCUGUCUAUUGACCACUGCAGACAAAGACAGUUUUACUUGGUUUUUGGAAACCUUUAAAGCAAAUAAUCCACAGACUAGAUUCACAAAGUGCAUCAUGGCUGAUAAAGACUUACUAGAAAAAACAGUUAUAAAAGACAAGUUCCCAGACGCUAAUGUGAACAUUUGUAUCUUUCACUCAAUGCAAAUAUUCAGCCGAGCAAUUACCUGUGAAAAAAUGAGUAUCACUCACGCCGAAAGAGUUAAGUCGCUGAAAAUUUUACAAAAAAUGGUUUAUUCCGAGACAGAAGAAGAGUUUGAACAGUUGCAUUACCUUCUAAAAAUAUCAGCUCCAAAACCGGUUACUGAAUAUUUUGACAAAAACUGGUAUCCAGUUAAGGAUGAAUGGUCAUUGUCUAAAAGUUUCAUAAAAGGUUGUUUUCAAAACACCACAAAUAAUCAUAUCGAAAAAAUAAAUGCGAAACUCAAGUCCGUUAUCAAUAAAAACAGCUCAUUAGUACAAUUUAUGCAUUCCUUUUUCACCAUUAUGUCAUCUCUUGAGAGUGAACAUGAUUUUAAAGCCAUAUCCCAGUUACAAAAAAGACUCGUCACCUCGUACUCACCAGAAAGCGACGAACAAAAAUAUCUGGAUUUUUUAACCAACGAAGCUGGUAAAAUAGUGAUAAAACAAAUUGAGUUGAGCAAAAAAAUUCAAGUUCCUUCAGUUGAAAACAAUGGUAUCAACAGUACGGAAGGACGACAAACAUGUGAUCCAACUAAUUGCACUUGUAAUUUUAAAACUAGUAUGUUGCUUCCUUGCAGACACAUUUUUGCAAUUCGAAAGCGUCUGGAAUUGCCUUUGUUUUUGAAAGAGCUUGUGCAUAAGCGUUGGACACUAGAUUAUUAUAAAAUUUGUCACAGGCGUUUGGCACAGUGCCCAGUGUUUGAUACAGAUAUUGAAACAUCGGAAGCGCCUAAUGUAGUUGUAGCAAAUAAAAACAACACGAAAAUAUAUGAACAGAAACGAAAAGAAGUGUUAAGUGUAAUGGAGUCGUUGGUGAAUUUGGUCGCCAUAUCCAGCAAUGAUUCAUUUGAUCAAAAAAUGGAUAAUUUAAAAACUCUUGAAAUGUUGUGGAAGCAAGGCAGUAGGACAGGAAUAGUAAUAAUCAAAGAGGAGGAUGAAGGCGAGUUACCAUUAGAGAAUUUGAACGAACAAGUAAUAAUCAAAGAGGAGGAUGAAGCAGAUGAAGGCGAAUUACCACUAGUCAAUUUGAACGAAAUUGACGAAGGCAAAAGGACAAGACCAGUAAUGAUCAAAGAGGAGAAUGAAGCAGAUGAAAGCGAAUUUCAUUUGGUGAAUUCAAACGAAUUAGUAAUGAUUAAAGAGGAAGAUGACGCUGAUGAAGACGAGUUACCAUUGAAUUUGAACGAAAUUGCCCCUGACGAGUCAAAUGAAGACACCAUUAUUCAAGAACCCACCAUCAGUGAGGUAGCAAGUAUUAAAAUAUCUCCAAAGAUUAAAGAAAGAGGACGUCCUAGAGGUAGCGAAUUAACAACUGCUGGUCUGCCAAAACGGCAAAAGCUACAUGUGCCCUUUCCCAAACUUACAUUGGAACCUAAACAGAAAAAAAUAUUGGGUUGGUUUGUUUCUGACGAAGUUGUGGCCUUGGCUAUUAACGAAAGACUGAUCAUUGAAGAGAAGUAUGUGGAAACAAGACCGGAAAAUAUUCCUCACGCGGUUUUACAUGAAAAUGUAGAUAUGAAUAUAGUUCGUAACUUUUUUUCUGAUACUGCGUGGAGUGUUGUAGAAAAUGUAAUCGCCCUGAAAAGACAGAACAAAUUGCUGUGUAAUUAGAAAAUUACGCAAAAUCAAUCUGAUUGUAUCAUACGUCCCUUAUGCCUUUUGUGGUGGCAUGUUAAUGGACAACGUUAACAAAGCACAAAAACGUUCAAGUAAAUGGAUAUGUCUGUAGUGCAAAGUUUGAACAAUUUGUUUUUUGUUUGAAUUUCGAAUUUUGUUUCAGAAUUGAUUAGAGUUUUUUGUAAGUAUUUUAUUAUAUAAAUAUUAUAUUCUUAUUACUUAACUGCUGUUAUUUACCACACAUUCAAUACAGGCUUUUAGAACCUACAUUACAAUCUUUUUAACUUCUAAUAUAGCUAGAGCUUUAAGAUUUUGUAUACAAUCUAAAUCGACUAUUCUGAGUUCACCCAAAUUAUUUUCAAAAUGGCUGAUUUUUUGGAACUACGAGAAAUUGGCGCCAACUUUGAAUUUAAAAAAGUAAACAUUAUUUUUUAUGCAUGUUUGAAUUUGCUUCUUGAAACUGACUAAUAUGUACCCUAGUUGUUAGUAGUUAUCUGUCAUAGUUUUCGGCAUUGUCAACUGUCAAAUUGCAAGGCUACUAUGAUUUUUUUAAAGUGAUGAUUAAAAAUUGAUUUAUAGUUUUUUCAAAUGGAAUGACAUUGUUUUUUCAAUGGCAAUUAAAAGAAUAUCAAUUUUCA